ACCGUUAGAGGGCAGUAAGUGUGACAAUAUUCUAGAAGCCGCAGUACAGGACUCCAUUAGAAGAAGUAACUCCACAAUCGGAAAUGGUAACUGCAGUUAAAAACAAAUUAUAAGUUCACACUCAGCUGCUAAGAAGACCUACUUGUCAUUUUCCUUGCCAGGAGGAGAGCUGGUAAAGGAUGGUGCAGCUGCAUGUGAAGCGCGGAGAUGAGAGCCAGUUUCUGUUCAACACCACAACGGACGCUGCUCUGGAAUCGUUGAUCCAGCAGGUUACUGCUAUUUACAACGGCAGGCUCAAAGUGGAUAGGAUAUGUUCAGAGAUCCCAGAGCUGGCCGAUCAUGGCGUCACACUCCCACCCAACAUGCAGGGACUGACAGAUGAGCAAAUUGUGGAGCUGAAACUGAAGGAUGAAUGGGAAGAACGAUGCAUUCCAAGUGGAGGGAAGAUAUUUAGGAAGGAUGAGAUCGGGAGGAGGAAUGGACAUGCCCCAAAUGAUAAAAUGAAGGAAGUGUUGAUGAGGACAGUUGAGGAAGCAAAAGCACUCAUCUCUAAAAAACAGGCUCAAGCUAAUGUUUGUGUCACCAUGGAAAUGGUAAAAGAAGCGCUGGAUCAACUAAGGGGUGCUGUGAUGAUUGUUUACCCUAUGGGGCUGCCUCCUCAUGACCCAAUAAGAAUGGAGUUUGAUGAUCAGGAAGAUCUGUCAGGGACACAGGCAUCUCUGCAGGUGAUCACAGAAGAAGAAUGCCAGCUUUGGUGGGCUGGUAAAGAGAUGCAGAGAGGGAAAAAACUUCAGGAUUACAUCGGAAGAAAUGAAAAGACAAAGCUUGUGGUCAAACUCCAAAAGAAAGGACAGGGGGCGCCAGCGAGAGAGCCCUUGGUCACUGAUGAACAGCAGAAACAGAUGAUGCUGCAUUACUACAAAAGACAGGAAGAAUUUAAGAAACUGGACGAAGCAGACGAUGAUAGCUACCUGGACUCAGAGUGGUCGAACAGGCAGGCCCUCAAAAGACAAUUUCAGGGCCUUACGAAUAUAAAAUGGGGGCCAAGGUGACUCUGACAACUUGCCCUCCAGAUAUUCCAGUGACUCAAUUUCUGCCUUUCUUAAUACAACUGGCCAAGACUGCCUAAUAGCAACCUGAGGCAGGUUUUCCUGUUUUUCUUACCUGAGCUCUAUCAGAGAUCAUUCGUUUCCCUACGACUUGACUUUGAUUGUUUUUGAAAAGGAUAUGCAGCCAGAUGUCUUUACUGCAUCAGAUAAAACAGACAUGAUUAACCCUGGUUUAAUAUAUCCAUAAUAAAAAUAUUGGUAUGUUGGUGAAAAUACGAAUAAAAGAAUUGUUUCCAAUGUU